UUUGAACCUUGUUCGAACUACUUGGGGUGGCUACACAACUCUUGUUGUGCCAUUUCACUCUAUGUACUCAUCCAAGAGGCUUCCAGAAGUCUCACAUUAGAGAGAACUUCUCAGAUUCUAAUACUAUGCACUAUAUUUCAUUUAUGUAGAGCGCCAUCCUCAUUUAGGUUCCCUAUUGGGAUUGAUCUCAUUUAGGUUACUGCAUUCUAUCUUUAAAUCUGUGAUCCCAGCAUAAAAAAACCCUUCAGGAUUAUAGUAUUUAACUAUUUUCAAAAACUUACAAAUCUAUAUCUUCUUUUUUUUGUUCAUGAACAUAUCAGGUGCUCAAGUGAAAAUAACCACAGUGAAAUAUGGAAAAUACAAUGGAAGAUAAGCUUCUUGAGCCUGGGAAGGAAUGUGUAAUGGACUUGAAAGGAAGAGUGUGGAUUGAAUCAAAGAAGCUAUGGAGCGUUGCAUCUCCUGCUAUAAUCACAAGAUGAACAUCAUUUGGAAUAUUGGUGACUACACAGUCAUUUAUGGGACAUAUUGGUGAAACUGAGCUGGCUGCAUACGCACUCAUUCAAAUCAUUCUUGUGCGCUUUGUAAAUGGAAUAUUGUUAGGAAUGGCAAGUGCUCUAGAAACAUUAUGUGGCCAAGCAUUUGGGGCACGGCAUAACCACAUGAUGGGAAUCUAUUUACAACGGUCAUGGGUUGUUCUUCUUGCUACUUCAACCAUUUUGGUCCCUGUUUUCAUCUUCACAUCACCCAUUUUAAGGCUUAUAGGCCAGGAAGAAGAGUUGUCAGCAGUAGCAGGAAAUAUUAGCAUUUGGUUUAUACCCAUUGUGUACUAUUUUGUCUUUUCAAUGACAAUGCAAAUGUCCUUACAAGCUCAACGAAAGAACAUGAUUAUUGGAUGGCUAUCUUCUGCAUUAUUUGUGGUUCACUUGACCUUAUCUUGGCUCUUUGUCUACAAAUUGAACUUGGGGAUACCUGGUGCAAUGGGUGCAAUGUUCAUCUCCACAUGGUCAAUUGUCAUUGGGGAAUUCAUUUAUGUCUUUGGUGGUUGGUGCCCUGAAACAUGGAAGGGUUUUUCUAAGCAUGCAUUUACUGAUCUUUGGCCAGUCGUCAAACUCUUUGUAUCCUCUGGUGUGAUGCUUUGUAUAGAGUUAUGGUACAACGCCGUGCUAGUCUUAUUUGCGGGCUACAUGAAAAAUGCUACUACAGCCAUAUCUGCCUUCUCCAUCUGCCUCAACAUCACUGCUUGGGAGUUUAUGAUAUCCCUUGGUUUCUUAACUGGAGCUUGUGUACGUGUUGCAAAUGAAUUGGGGAGCGGAGAUGCAGGAGCUGCAAAAUUUGCCAUUAAAGUCAAUUUAAGUACUUCAGUGUCUCUUGGUGUUAUAUUUUCGGUUCUGUUUUUGGUAUUUGGUCAUGUCUUAUCCUAUGCAUUUACAAGCAGCACGGUGGUGGCCAGAGCUGUAUCGAGCCUCUCUGGUUUACUUGCUUUGUCAGUCUUGCUCAAUAGUGUUCAGCCAGUACUCUCAGGGGUCGCCAUUGGUUCUGGUUGGCAGUCUGUGGUAGCAUAUGUAAACCUUGGUUGCUACUAUAUAGUUGGGAUUCUUAUAGGCCUUUUGCUUGGUUAUGUUGCAAAACUUGAUGUUAGGGGUAUCUGGAUUGGAAUGAUUUGCGGGGUUGCAUUGCAAACUCUCGUGCUUCUUUGGAUCACUUGGAGAACUGAUUGGGAUGCUCAGGUGGAAAAGGCAUCGCAACGUCUGAACAGGUGGUUUUUGGCACCUUCUCAAGAGAAUGAUGAGAACACAAGCCAUGCUUGAUGAAAGGGUGAGCCACAUUUUUGUGUUAUGUGCAGAGGAGAAUUUGAAUGACACUACCUAAUGACAGCUGCAGCAGUGCUGCCCGUGGGGACCUUGGAGAUUACCAAAACUGUUGGUAUAUUUUUCA